AAUUGCAAAGUCGGAAAGGACUUGGAGAUGGAGCAUUGGACGCCGUCGAUGCUUAUUCUUGUUGUCCAAGCCAUCUAUUCAUCGCCGACCUAUUCUCCUCUAAAACCCCUCCCAAAAUCUAAAAACUAUAUAGUACUUCACCGCCAGAAUCUUCGCGCCUUCGCACAAAAUUCAAUCAAUAUACUUUUAGCGAGCGAUCAGAAGUUCAUAACCAGCGUCAGCUGCAGAGAGAACAAGAUUCGAAAUUGAAUUCGUUCCAAUAUGACAACUCCUUUGGUUAUGGGAGCAGCAGUUGGAAGUGUUGCACUGGGAGCAAGGUACCUAGUAAGAGCAUGGGAAGCAUUCAAAGUAGCCCCUCGAGUUCGGAGGUUUUAUCCUGGUGGAUUUGAAUCCGUAAUGACCAGGCGAGAAGCAGCAUUGAUUCUUGGAGUCAGAGAGAGAGCUGCUAUAGAGAAGAUCAAGGAGGCACACAGGAGAGUGAUGGUAGCAAACCACCCAGAUGCUGGUGGCAGCCAUUAUAUUGCAUCUAAAAUUAACGAAGCCAAAGAACUCUUACUGGGGAAAACCAAGAGUCAUUCUGCGUUUUAAAUAAUUCAAUUUAAAGGUAAUUUUUUU